AGCCCAUUGAACUCAUUUGCAGUCUGCCAGCUCGCCUGCAAGAGCUCAACACACACACACACAUACACACACAGACACACACACAUACACACACACAUACACACACUCGUAUAGCUAUACUUCCUGAUCUUCUCGAGAGGAGAUGUUUUAAACUUUAGUAGCACACCUCAUUCAGCUGCAUUCAAGAAAAAAACAAACACACUCAAACACACACCAUAGAGAGAGAGAGAGAGAGAGAGAGAGAGAGAGGAUGGACCAGCAGAAGAAGGAUGAAAAGAGACCCAUCAAGCGAAUGAGGAGUCCCACACGAUUCACUCGUCCGUUUACUCGGGGCAGAUACUUUCGUCCUCGGUUUUAUUACAGGGCGAGGGAUGACCGCUUCAUGCGGCGCCCUGGCUUCGGCCUGAGGCUCCACCGGCUCCAUCCGCUUCCCAGAGCCCCGUCUCUUCGGCUGAGGGCCAGAUCCAGGAGCCCCACCCUGGUGCUGAAACACAAGGUCAUACAGUCUUCCUCACCAUCGCCUAGCCAGCGCUCGGAAAAGAGGUCAGAGAAGAAGAGCUCGUCCACUACACUAAGAGAACACAAGCCUAAUACUCCAGACCACUCCCGGUUCUCUUCGGCAGUUUCUGAAAGACCACAGAUGUCAUUCACAGUCACUCAGGAAGGGCAGGUAUGCAACAGUAGAGACUCUCUCUCCUCGGUCACUCGCGCAGCUGCCAGAAACAGAGCCAUCCAGAGAAAGAGAGAAGAGAUAGAGGAGGUGUAUCGGCGUGACUGUGACACAUUCGGUGUUGUGGUGAAGAUGCUGGUAGCGAAGGACCCUACUCUGGAGAGGUCUAUCCAGUCGUCUCUAAGAGAGAACCUGCGUGAGAUCGGCCUGCGCUGCGUGGAGGCCAUGGAGCAGUUCAUCCAGGAGUACGACUGCAGAGAGCCGGGAACGCUGCCCGUCCCGCAGCCGCACUGACCUGCGCAGACUGACCUGAGGACAGUCCCUCUCCUGCUGAACGUACUGGAGUAAAAUAAAAGAGACUGGAGGUGGAAAUAGUCGUAGAAGAAGGGGAGCGACGUUAUCGUCACAUCAGCUAACGUGAUGGGCGGUGUUGUAAAGUUGAAAGCACCUGUCCAGACACUUUUUAUGUGAAGGGAAAAGGUGUGUUGUUGGAAAUAAUACAUCACUUAUCUCAGUGCUUUAGUGCAGAUCAUGACUACUAUCCAUGCGUCCAACAGUGGCGUUUUUUUAGCAAAGCUAAAAGUGUUUCAGCACAAAAACAAGCAGCUCGUGAGGAUGAGAAUUCAUGUUUUACAAAUGCUGUAUCUUUCUCUCCUUUCGCUUCUGAGAUUGUAGAUAUUAGUGCAAGAUUUAUAUAAAUACUAGUGCAUCUCAAAAAAUUAGAAUAUCAUUAAAAAGUUACUGUAUUACUUUCAGUAAUUCAGUUCAAAAUGUAAAACUCAUAUAUUACGUUUUAAGAGUUCUAUUUUAAGAGUUUAUUUUCUUUUAUUGUUGAUGAUUAUGGCUCACAGCCAAUGAAAACCCAAAAAUCUGUGUCUCAGACAAUUAGAAUAUUAUAUAAGAUCAAUUGGAACUUUUGGCAGUGUGGGCAGUGUGCCAAGUCCUGCUGGAAAAUGAAAUCCGCAUUUCUAUAAAAGUUGUCAGUAGCAGAGGGAAGUAUGAAGUGCUGUAAGAUUUUGUGUGAAAACAAAACUGCACUGACUUUAGACUUGAUAAUAAAACACAGUGGAUCAACACCAGCAGAUGACAUGUUUCUCCAAACCAUCACUGAUUGUAGAAACUUCACACUAGACCUCAAGCAGCUUGGACUGUGUGUCUCUCCACUCUUCCUCCAGACUCUGAUCUCCUUAUUUUACAAAUAAAAUGUAAAAUUUACUGAUGAUCAGUGAUGGUUUGGAGAGACAUAUCAUCAGCUGGAACUGAAUUACUGAAAUAAAGUUACUUUUCAGUUAUAUGAAUUUUUUGAGAUGCAGUAGUAAAUAACAAUGUUGACAGUUGUUGGAAUAUAUAAUAAAAAAUAGGGUGAAUAAACAAAAUGCUUCAAUAGUCUGGAUAACGAAAUAGCACAUUGUAAAUAUUAAGGAUGUAAUGAUUUAUAAUACAGUGGUGUCUUUUAAGAAUUUAGCACAUUUUUGUUACAUCAAAAUAUGGGUUUCAAUAAUGUUUUCCGUUUAAUACAGCACUCAACAUUAUGAAAUUACAAUUAAUAACAUGCUGGAAAACUCCUGACUUGGUGAUGAAUGAAAGAGGAGAUGUAUGCAUAUUAAUAUGAUGUGCUAUUAGCAGCUACAGCAUAGUUAUUACUUGAUGUGAUUCACAAAUAUACUGCCUCAUACCCUUGUUUUUAAGCUUUUAGCCUAAAACAGAGUAAACAAAAACAACUAUUACAUGGUGUUCUAAAGUAAAAUUGUGUAUAAAGAAAAAAAAAACGUUUAUGUUUACUGUUACGUGUAAAAAAAUAUGAAAUAA